CGCAAUACUUGAUGUCUGGGUAAUUUAGACUCGAAGUAUAAUGAUGAUUGAGUUAUAGCUAGAUUAGGUAGCGUUAGUUAAUCUACACGGGAUAUCCAUUCAGCAGCAUUUAAAGUUUUGUGUGAACGUUUAUUUCAGUCUAGGAGAACAUGAGGAUCAUUACUUCUUCCACUGGUAAAGUUGAAACUGUAAUUGUUAGACGCACAGAGUCUUCCGAUGCCGAGCAGAUCAGUACGCUGAUCAGUCCAUCAUCCAUUGCUGUGUUUGGAAGAGUGAAUGUGAUCUACGUUUUAGAGAAAGCCAAUUUAGCAGUUACUUUAAGCACGGAACAAAAUCAAGUUCUGGCUCACGCAGUUUUCUUGGACCAUCCCAUUGGUGACCUGGUGGAUCAAACGUCAUGGCAGCAGUUACUGCAAACCUACUUCAAUGGCACAAAAUUCACACCUUUAAACACCCUUUUCUUGCAUCUCUUUGUGGCCCAGUCCAGCUUUUCGACUGUAUGCGCUAAAGAGAUUAUAAGAACAGUUUUUAAUGCUAUCACAGAGCUGGAAUACAUUUGCCUGGUUACCCCAUACAGCAGUUGCCUUGAGUCAGCUCUCAUGGGUAUUUUUGAGCCAAUGCCUUGUGUUAAGGAUGGGGUUCAGUGUGCCGCAUUUGUGUGCCACAGGCACAACCAUUGCCCGAGGCUGCACAUACGCAGGGCCAGAGUCGAAGACCACGAUGACCUCACCAACGUGCUGGCUGAGCAGAGCAUGGCUCUGGAAGCCUCCUAUGGCCCAUACUUCCUGGCAGAACUCAUCGAGGCUCAGGACGAGACCAAUCAUGUGGCCAUCUGCGAGAAUGAGGGACAUGCCGUUGGCUUGAUCAGUGUCAGCGGUGAUGUCGAUAUGAAGCUGCUCGACCAGUGUUUUGAACUUGGCCCGUUUGAAGGACUGCGAAAGGAAAACCCAGUGGACCAACCCCAGUGUACAGGCCAGCCAAAGCCCGCUCAUGCCCCCCAAGAACCCCCUGACCCCAUUUAUCAAAGCAUCUCCCAGUCACAGCCAGAGAUCACAGAGGUAUUGGAGAGUACUGAUGCACAUGGAGCUAAAGAGGGGUCAGAGGGCAAUGCAGGCAUCUCAAGAGUGCUCUGCGACCUGCCUGAGGUAGGGUCCAGUGGAGUGUGUGUAAAAGAGCUCACAGACACCAGUGCAGGCUCUGGAGCAGAAGAGCCACCCAAUGUUUUCUGCAUCCAGCUCUUCGUCAUCGACAAGAGGUUUGAAAUGAGAUCAGUGGACUUCCUGCCUUACGUGUUUAAAGUUUUCCCGGAGCGGGACUUCUGCGUCAUUUCCGUGCCUCAGCUGCUGCCAGAGUUCCCCCUACUGCAGGCCUUCUACAGAGCCGUGCCCCGCCCCUCCCACAGCCUGUCCCAUGAGCUGUACCUCCUUCACCGUUCAGGGCUGCUCAAGACUCUGGAGGUGCGGCUGGCGGUGUCUGAUGACACAGCAGCCAUUCAGAGGCUGGUUCAGAAAUGUGACCGGCAUGAGGCCCUGCUGGAUGAUCUGGAUCAGUUCCUCAAAGCCCGUCGAGACCCGGAUGGAACGCCUGUUCAGGCAUUUGUAGCUCAAGUAGAAGAACAGGUUGUUGGUGUAACAAUCAUUAGAGAUGAGGAGGACAUCGAGUAUAUCCGUGCAAACUACAACAUCGAGAACUUUGUGUACUUCAGCCAUCACCAGCGUGAAGAGCACGGCCAGCUGUGUCAUUAUGCUCUUAACCCAAUCUUCCAGCAUUAUACCAAGCACUUCCUCAAGGAGGCACUGCGCCUAGCCCACAAGACUUGUCUCUAUUACCCUGUCUACCCACCUUACUACACACAGAAUAAUGCUUGUGCCCUCCCCCUGGUGCCCGUGCUGGAUUGCAUGGUGCCAGUGUACCCACGACGCCAGAUCAUCUACCCGCUAGAAGAGCUGGGCACCAACGCACCAUCUGCCCUGGUCACCAAGAAACAGGUUCCCUAUGCUCUAUAUCAUAUCAACAGGAAGCUCACCAUGGAACCCAAGAUUACCGUCAAUGCCCGGAUUGUGGUGGUAGGAGCUUCAGACGUCGGGUUGGCCUUCCUGGAAGCUCUUGCCUUCUGCCCGCAUCUGCGAUUCAACAACCUGACUCUCAUCUCCACUCAUGGCUUGCCAGACUGUCACAGCAGCCACGACAUGGGAUUUCUGGCUACGAGCCAUGGCUACACCGAGCAAGAUCUUGCUCAGUUCUCUCUCCGCUCCUGGGUCAGCGGGGUCACGGGCAAGAUGACAGCCAUAGACAGAGCCGCCAAGCAUGUCCAAGUUACCGGGGGCCACGUAGUCCCAUAUGACCACCUUGUCCUAUGCACAGGGCAGCAAUACCAGAUGGUCUGCCCUACAGGAAUAGACAUCAGCAAGUUGACCUCGACAAGUCAAGUCCCAGAUCAGCCCAGAUGCAGGUACACUGGGCCUAUUCCCCACAACCUGUUCACUCUGAAUGACCAGCAGGACUGUAUUCAGGCCUACCACUGGCUGCUGAAGAACUUUCUAGAGCAGGAGGGUAAUGCUGUGGUAUAUGGUGACAGCAUCGAUGUCUACACCUGUGUGGAGACGCUGCUGUGUUUGGGUGUGAGAGCCUCCAAGAUCCAUCUGGUUCACCAGGCUGCAGAGGAACCCCUGUCCUGCUUCUCAGACCCCGUAGUGCAACAGGCUGUGAGGAGGGCUCUGGAGGAUAAAGAAGUCCACGUCCACCACAACUGCUUAUUGGCACAGCUGAAUGAUGGACAGCACCCGGAGCCACUCACAUCAGUCUCCUUUACUACCAAUGGCUCUCCUUUGAGACUGGAGUGUGCGGUCUUCUUUAAUUUCUCCUACAAAGGCAUAGACUAUGAUGCCUUCAAGGCCAUCAGCGAUGCCUGCCUGGUGUUUGACGGCCAUCUGGUCAUUGACACCACCUUCCACACAAAUGACAGCAGCAUUCGUGCGGCCGGGCCCCUGACCAAGUUCUCCCGCCGCUACCACGCUGAGCGGUGGACCCACACUGCAUUCAACUCCAAGGAGGUGGGCCGGGAACUGGCGUCUGUGCUGCUGCCUUUUUUUGACCCCACCCUGGAGCUGCCCGCCAGCCCUCUGCCCGAUGCAGACCGCCUCAUACCACUCUACAGCCAGGCAAAGAUCCAAGGUGGGAGGCUGCCAGGAGGCUAUGGUUACCUCCAUGUCCGAAAACCCUCUCUCUGCACAAACCUAGCUCUCUCUGUAGCUAAGGCGGGCCGGAAAAUAGAGACAGGACGUGUCGAGACAGGUGACUACUUCUGCCUGCAGUUCAGCCAGCACGGCCUGGUGGAGACCAUCACCUGCCUGUCUCCCGAACCGCUUCCUGUCUCCAACUAUGUCUGUUUGUAUGGCAAACACCAGCUGCUCCUGAACCACCUGUACGAGCGCUUUGACGAGGGCCUGCUGUCUGAUCUGUACAGCUAUUUCAGAGAGAGCUGGUGCAUGGCUAUAUAUCAUGACCGCUUUGCUGAUUUUGAGCAAGAAGUGCGCCAGAUCAUGGAAACUACUAAAAUUGAGGCCGAUGGGGACUCUGUCACCGUUGCGAAACUCAGCGAGAUGAUCGUGGACAGCAGGUGGGAGAUUGCACAGGAGCCAAACCUCUACCUGAAACACAUUUUUGGGCAAAGCGAAGGACCAGCCAAGUUAAAGAGAAGUGCUUUGGAGUUCCUGAAGUACAACAGAUAUCAUCUCACUAUGUAUGCCCAGCCAGGACUACUGUAGUAUCUAAUGCAGUCUUUAAAAAAGUUCAUUAUCACAGCCUGGUUG